AAAAAUACCCAUUUGCCAUUUGAAGAAGAUUUCAAAGCCCAUUCCAAGCAGCUUAAAAGCCUUCAUUUUGCUAAGAGAUGGAAGAAAAUGGAUUAUAGCCAGAAAACAAAUUGAAGAACAAAGAAGGAAAGGAAGGGUACACAAAACCAUAACCCCAUUUCCUUUCAUUUUCAUCUCUCUCUGCUAAGACUCUGCCAGAAAUCAAGAGUUUUGGAGAGAGAGAAACAGGGAAAAGGAAAAAAAAAAAAAGAAAAAGAAAAAAAAAAGAAGAGUUUAGAGAGAGAGUUUAAGAUUUUUCAUCUGUCAGAGUGUGAAGAGUUUCUUGGGGAAGUUUCUGUUUGGCUAUCAAGAAGAAAAAUCAUAAGACUUUUUCUGUGUUUUUCGUUUUGGAGGCAAAAGAAGUUAAAUAUGAAUGAAGAUAGACAAAUGGAAUUACAUUACAUGGACACCGGCUUUCCUUACACAAAUACAGAGAGCUUCAUGGAUUUCUUUCAAGGGCUUCACCAACAUCAAGUGCCUGCUUAUGGCAAUGCUGUACCAUUGCUCGAUCAGGGAAAUGCUUACUGGUCAAUGAAUAUGCAAUGUUAUAAAUUUGGAGUAUCUGAUCAUGGGAAUACGUACUACGGCCAUUCGGAGGAAAGUCACCAUUUACCACCUUCAAUGGAUGUUGGUGAAAGGGAAUGGGAGUAUCCUACUUCAGCGGUGAAUGUCGAAAUCCCCGAACCAUCCUAUGCGCCAUCCGUGGAAGAAGAUGUUGUAGAUGCUCAUUCUAUACCAGAAGAAUGUGAUUUAAGCCAUCGGGAGGAGACUAGUACUUCUCAAGUUACAUGGCAAGAUGAGAUUGAUCCUGACCACAUGACUUAUGAGGAACUGUUGGACUUGGGUGAAUCAGUUGGAACUGAAAGUCGGGGUCUUUCCGAAGAACAAAUAAGUUUGCUUCCGACUGCACGAUGCAAGUUAACGAGCUUUUUCUCAAGAAAAAAGCUCGAUGAGAGAUGUGUGAUUUGCCAAAUGAGGUACAAGCGAGGGGACAAACAAAUAAAAUUACCCUGCAAGCAUUUCUACCACAACAAAUGCAUAACCAAAUGGCUCACCAUCAACAAAAUAUGUCCGAUCUGCAACAUCGAGGUGUUCGGAGAUGGAAGCACAAAUGCAUCGGCCAGUGAUAACUGACAGUAGAUUUUGGAAGCUCUAACAUUUUGUUCUUGUUCAUCUUUUCCCAUUUUUGCCUUCUCACUUUCAUUUCUCUCCCCAUUUUGUAAAUCUCUACUUAACUAAGCGAAUCAAGUACACUCUAAUCCUUACUCUCUCUCCCCCCACGCUUGCUUAUGAUCAAGAGAAAGAAAGAACAUGUAACCCCUCUUCUUAACUUGCCAACUGCUUACUAAAAUUGAAGUCUAGUUAUUUUCUUAGAUUAAGUAAGAUUAGCUUAUUUUGUAGUCAUUUUAUGGAUUGGUGGUCACCUCGAACUGCUUCAAAUUAGGAUGUUCCGGAGUUGGGGUGAGUUAGAUUAGGUUAAUAUAGACGUUUUGGAUCUAA